AUGGCGGACAGCAGUAACCCUGAUACUACCUCGUCAAACGUACGCGGGAUUGCAGCGAUAAGUCCCCCAAUUUCGAUUGAAACAGCAAAUUGUUCAACCCCGGAGACCUAUAAGGUCGCAACGCGAGCCAAUAUGCAAGCAAGUAUAGAAGAUGUGAGCGAUGAGGGUGAUGAUAUAAUUCAACAAAGUGGACGAGCCUCGCCGACUGGUUAUGAUGAAAACAUGCAACCAAAUUAUGUGAACGAUGAAGGCGAAAAUAUCGUUCCACAGAAGAAACGAGUUCGGCUGUCUGGUGAUGGUGAAAAUAUGCAAGCAAGUGUAGAAGAUGUGAGCGGUGAAGGCAGUGGUAUCCUUCCACAGAAGAAACGAGUCCGGCCGACUGGUGAUGGUGGCCGUCUACGACAGCCUGGACCUAGGAAAAAACCCCCUUUGAAGAAGAGCAGCGAAGCAAAGCAUGCACGGUCUACCGCUCAGAAGAUCUCCAAUCAGCAAGCUGAUGCUUCUCGUUCAGUGACAAGGUAUUCCGCUUAUGAUCAAAUGCGGUGUCUAUUUGGUUCUGGUAAGGCGGAGAAGGAAAAAUUAUCGGAGUCUUCUUUCAUCCGGGUAUUGGCACUGUACGCGAAAAGUUCGCGGCCCGAUCUAGCAACAUUUCUAGAGAAUCUGAGCAAUCUUUGGCGGGCAAAUCGCUUCUGGAGCCCUGACGCUCUCCAUCUUUCGAUGCCAGAAGAGCUGCCAUCGGGCAGUUCAUGUCUGAGGCUCUUCCGGUAUGAUCGGGAUCUCGGGAAAGAAUCUGGAAUCAAUGUGAUCAGACGUCGGUUUGUACAAUUAAAACUACAUUUGUCUUUCAUACGCCUGUGCAACGAAAUGACAAACCCCAAAAGCCCUUGUUUUAAGACCGGCCUGAAUAGCCGCAGAAUUCCAAGUCAUGCCAUUGACAAUCUUAUGGAAUUGGAAGGCAGUAACGGUUAUUCUGAUGAUCCAUUAGCACCUAAGGAUCGUGGUCGCUUCGUCAAGACUAAUGCUAAGGGGAGGAGGUGGUAUCUGAUCUCUCACUAUAUCGGGUGGGGUUCACUAAUCAUCUUCAACAACAUUGAUACAACUCUCGCUAAAGUCGAUCUCAUUGAACUGGAGGCUUUUAUCAUAUACGUCUUAAAUACUCAGCCUAGGGUGGUAGCACUAUGUCACAAAUACGAGCAGCCUGUCAAAGAUCUCUUGAACGGCAGAAAGCCCGCUCUCACUUUGACAGAGCAAGAAGUCACAAGUACUAUUGGUGGUUUACCCCAUGCCAUUGACCACAAUGAAGGUGCAAAAAAUCACUGGCAACGAAUCAAUACGAAGAUCGAUACGGAUGUUUCCGAAGUUCUUUCACAUGACUGAGGAUAGUAUUUCAAUCUGUCGCAUACAUUAGAUAGCUAAGGGAGUGCAUUCAUGAUUUG